UGAUUCAAGGUGGUUAGGUGCACUGUAUCUGAUUUUUCCCCAAGUCGUAACGUAUUAGAAGAGGUAAGGGCUUUUAAUCUGCUAACAAAUACCCGGCUAUGGAGCUGUUAGAACUGCCUUCUAUUACUUUAAGAUUUGAGCUGACGAGCCGGACACUGGGUGCUGCGCAGUGGUGAAGGUUGAGAACCGCUUUCGAUAUCAAGUCCCAGACCGCCAAGUGGACUGAGCCCGUGUGCGGCCCUCAAGCAAAGCGCGAGUAUGACAAAGCACUGAGGAGCUGCCACGGCCUUGACGCUGGGCUUGAGCCGCUUUCCUGCAACAACUCCUUCAGCAAAGGCGCUGGCUUAGGCAUCUCCAUUAUCACCUUCUUAACAAAACCCAACAAUGUAAUUAACGGAGGAAAUGCUUUCAAUUCUCUCACAUUUGCAAAAUACACACACGUACAGAUAGACAGAAGUGCAAUGUGUUGAUGUUACCGCAAAUUUAACGUAUGAACGUUAUUUUCAGUUGGGAAGCACAUCAGCUUUUAUAAAUAUGUAAAUAACUGGACUUUCAAACAUUCUGCAGAAUGUGGUCCAUAAAUUUGAUGCUUUAUUUUCUUUUAGUCUGUUUGUUUUUAAAUCAUGGUUUGUAGCUUAAUCGUGAAAACAUUCAAGGUUCUUGUUACCUACAUUUUUAUUUCUGAUUGGAAAUACAGAUUUGGAGAUUUGCACUGAAAUUGAAAUACUAAUUGUCUCUUCCUAAGUCCACUGGGCUGUUGCUGUGGUACAAGAGAUUUAUUGUGCACCCACAGAGUAAUUUACACUUACUCAAAAUCAGUCUUAAACCUUUAACUACAGUCUCUAAAGUUGACCUUCAUUUUCUCACAAUUACCAAGACUAUGUUGCUACAUAUUGCAAGUCAGAUAGGUAGAUCUGUGGAGAAUACUUCACAAUUUAAUUUCUCGUGUGGUGUGUGUUACGUAUACGGGCAUCACAUUCUUUCUAGUUAUGCUUCCUAGCGGAUUAUAAGCGGGAAAACUUGAAAUGCUUUCUUUUUGACCCUACCUUUAAUGGAAAGAUUUGAGAGAGAUGCAGUCUUCUGAGUGUUCUUUGUCAUGUUAAUGUGACGUAGGGUGGCAAACACUGAACAUCUCCAUCUAAGGUCCUGCAACUCGAUCUUAGAGUUUUGUAACCGUUGUGGCGUAAUUUGGUGUGUGCCUGUUUACCUGAUUAAUAAAUGCACUGAAUUGGAAAUGCAGGCAAAUUGUACUUUAUUUUUAUGGUAAUAACUUGGUAUUUUAUAAUCUAAACUGAAUGUACAGUUCAAUUGAAAGGGAGAUGUUAGAGAAUGUCCAGAAUUGCUCUUCCAAGUUUAUUUCCGAUACGCUAGUACAGGUAUUAUAUCUGGUAAAAUACAAUGGAAUGAAAGUGGUGAUUCUUCUACAAAAUGAAGUAAUGGUUUCAUUACAGGAAAGAAAACAAUGAUCUUGUUUUCUGAGCAUUUUGUUUUUCUUGACUUUUUUCAACAAUUGCUAUCUUUUUGCUUUCCAAGAUGCAGUAAACAAAUGUGCAGUUGCAGAAUGCUAAUUCAGAGCCAAAUAGAUCAGAAUAUUCUGUGGUGUUUAACAAAACACCUCCCUGUUUGAAAUCUUUCUUUAUAAUAUCAUAUAAAAUAUGCAUUUUUCAUUAUCCCAUUUAAACUUUAAAAGCUCUCUGGAUUCCUUCUUUCUUCCCCUUUAGUAGUUUUGUUACAAAGGUUUACAGUUAGGUGAAGAGCAACGUAACUUUAAAAAAUGGCUUCCUACAUGGGCAGCUGAUGAAGAUUCAUUGUGAGUGCUGAGCUUUGAACAAGGAUUAAAAUUUAGUGAAACUGGACAUCUGAAAUGUCUUAGCAGCUACAUUGGCUGAACUCAUGCAACACAGGUAGCAUGCACUGUAUUCUUUAAAUGCUCCUCUGCUUUAAAAUUUAUAAUGUAAUUUUACUAUAAAAGUACUACUGAACCUCUAGUUUGAAAUUCUCUGCUGGUAGUAUCCAACUACAAUAAAAUAUAAAUUGAAAUAUGUUCUCUACAUGUUGUACUUUUUCCCCGAGUGACUACGUCAGUUGCGUUGAUAGUAAAGGUCCAAUGAUAAGAUUUACAGAGUUAAAGCAUUCUAUCUAUGCAGGUUGUUGUGAUGUUUGAUGGGUAAAUACUUCUUAUUUUCCAAAACUAAAAUCCUUAUUGCAGUCAAAGCCCUCAAGCUGUAGAGCUGAGAAUGAGAAAUUGCUGGGAAAAGGAAACUUGAAUUUACAUGCUUCAGAGGAUGAUUUAUAAAAACAUACCCUUCUGUAUGAGAUAAAGAAGACUGAGAAGAAGAACAUUGUAAUGGUGUUGGCCAGUGUUCAUAACUGGUUUCUGCUGCUGCUGUGUGGAAAUGCAGGGUAGGGUCUAUAGUGCCAGCAAGUGAAACACGUAUUGGAUAUCUCUGCAAAGACCAAUGUGUGUUUGGAACUGUUUGUUGUCUUGGGGCUUUUUCCCCCUCUCUGGUGCUGCCAAACUCCUGGAGAAGAGUCCAUUCUCUGUUGGCGCCCCGAGCCCCCUGCUCCCCUCGCCGGCGAGCCUGCAGCUGGCACAACUCCAGGCACAGCUCACGCUCCACAGGCUGAAGUUGGCUCAGACUGCUGUCACCAACAACCCAGCCGCUGCCACUGUCCUCAACCAGGUGCUCUCCAAAGUGGCCAUGUCACAGCCACUCUUCAACCAGCUGAGGCACCCCACGGUGAUGAGCGCCCCGCAGGGCCACAGCGCAGGCCCGCCCCAGGGGCCUGGCAUCGCUGGCACGAGGUUUCCCUCUGGUGGCAUUGCCUUUUCUGCCCAGAGCCCGGGCUUAGCUGCCCCAGGGGGAGGUCUGGGAGCCGUCCAGGCCCAGGCGCCCAACGCAAUCGUCAUGAAUCCCUUUGGAAGUGUCAUGGCUCCGACCUCCGGCCAGCAACCCGUGGUGGUGGGUCUCAGCAAGGCAGGGGCUUCCACAUCUACUGCUGCAGGGGGCUUUUAUGAGUACAACAAGCAAAAUGCUGUCACUGCCACCUCUCAGGCAUUCGCCUCAGAGGGGGAACAGUCCAGCCAGCACAGCUUCCUUGCUGGCGGCACCCACACUGCCACCCCAGCAGCAGGGCCGCGCUACGAGAGUCACUUUGGGGCUCCCGGCCAGCUGCAGCACGAGGCGGCAGCGACAUUUCCCAAGGAGUCCUACGGGGCAGCAGCACAGCACGGUGCAGCACGGGCCUUCCCCAGCGACCCACACACGGGCUCCCAUCCGAAAGGAGAUCCCGGCCCUGUCUUGCAUGGCAGCAGUACAAGCAACCAGUGGGAAAAUAUCCCUAAUUUCCCCAGCCAAAACAAGCCUGACCUCAUGCCCGGCGACAGCCUGUGGCCGUCAGCGAGUCAGCAGCAGUAUGAAAUAAGAAACGAGCUGUACAACCCCGAAGAGCCGACACCUGACACAAAGUUCAGCACGGCCGCCCCCCCCGCCUUCGGCCGCCUCAACCACAGCGCGCAGAGCUUCGGCAGCCCUCGCAUGAGGCAGAAGGAGGAGCGCAGUGGCGGCACGCCCGACCUGCCCACCCGCUCCCUGCCGCCGCACCAGCUUGGCGACCUCCGCGGUGUGGCCCCUCUCCACUUCCCCCACAUCUGCGCCCUGUGCGACAAGAAGAUCUUCGAUCUGAAGGACUGGGAUCAGCACAUUAAGGGAAGUCUUCACAUUCAAAAAUGUAUGGCUUUUUCAGAUAACACUGGUAUCCGGUGUAUGUUAAGCUCAGCAGAUGGAACAUUGCAUUUAUCACCAAAUAAUGCAGCAGUUUUCAAUCCAUCAAGUAUCGAAGAUUAUCCACCAAAUGUUGGCACCUCCUUUAUCGCUACACCAGGAAGAUCCUUUGGCCAGCCAGGUCCUACAUUUUCUUCUCCUCCAUCAGGGUUUCCCCAGAGGAAAUCUACAUUGGGUCGAGUUGUUCACAUUUGCAACCUCCCUGAGGGAAGCUGCACAGAGAAUGAUGUCAUUAACCUGGGCCUCCCAUUUGGAAAGGUCACCAACUAUAUCCUCAUGAAAUCUACUAAUCAGGCCUUUCUGGAAAUGGCUUACAGUGAAGCAGCCCAAGCCAUGGUACAGUACUACAAAGAAAAACCUGCUAUGAUAAAUGAUGACAAGUUACUUAUUAGGAUGUCUAAAAGAUACAAGGAAUUACAGCUGAAGAAGCCCGGUAAGAAUGUGGCUGCUAUUAUCCAGGACAUCCACUCGCAGAGGGAGAGGGACCUGCUGCGUGAAGUGGACAGCAGGUACGGCACCGAGAGGCCCCGCUCCCGCAGCCCCAUAAGCCGCUCGCUGUCCCCCCGGUCCCACACGCCCAGCUUCACCUCGUGCAGUUCCCCGCACAGCCCGCUGGGGACCGGCAGGACCGACUGGGGAAAUGGGAGAGACGCGUGGGAUCAGUCCCCCUACUCUCGACGGGAAGAGGAAAGAGAUAGCAGAGAAUGGCGAGAGAAUGGGGACGAGAAGAGGGACAGGGCUGACACGUGGGUACACGAGAGGAAACAUUACUCCCGACAACUGGACAAGUUUGAUUUGGAUGAACGGCUUGAAGGAGGCAGAGGACACCGAGAAAAAUACUUAAAGACUGGUUCCCCUGGGUCCCUUCACCCUUUGUCUGGCUACAAGAACAGGGAAGAUGAUUAUUACAGAAAAUCCUCUAAGUCAAAAUCUGACAAGUUUCAGAGGCAGCUGCAGGAUUUACCUGGGAGAUCUAAGAGGAAGGAAGAGGCAAAGUUAAGGGAACGCAGGCAUUCUUACAGUGAGGACACUGCCAGGGAGGAGGCAGCUGAACAGAAGCACAGCAAAGCAUCUGAGGGCUCCAGGCAAAAACAAAGUGAUAAGAAUAAGGUGAAGAAAGCUGAAAAAGACCAAGAAGAUGCUACUGCUGAAGGCAGUGAUGUAAAGGAAACCAAACCACCUGAGAACGAGCUUGAAAAAGAGGAGCAAGUUCCAGUGAAGAGCUCACCUUCAGAUAAUAAGCAAGGAAAAGAAUCUGGAGAGAUUCUGGAAAACACAAGGAAAGAGAAGGACCGAGACUGGGAGAGUGGAAGUGAAAUAGAAGGUGAGACCUGGUAUCCUGCUAACAUGGAGGAAUUAGUGACAGUAGAUGAAGUGGGAGAAGAUGAUUUAAUUAUGGAGCCUGAUAUAACUGAGCUUGAAGAAAUAGUCCCAGUUGAUCAGAAAAAUAAAGCUGCUUCAGAAAUGUGUCCCUGUAUGUCAACCAUGCUAGAACUGAAAAACGAUCACAGCCACUUAACAAGAAGUGACGACAAAUUUGCCCAUAAAGCUUUAGAAACAAACUUCAGAACAGCAAAGGGCAGUGCAGCUUCUAGUGGCUGUCAGGAAGAUGAUGAGGAUGAUGAUAAUGAUGAUGCUGUAACUGAAGCAUCAAGCCUAAAUCUGGACCCUGAACAGAAGCCAGAGGAGUUGAAAGAAGACCAAUCUGCUAAGGAGUCUGAUUGCCAGCAGAAGGAAGGAAAAAUUGAUAAGAGCUCUGACACUCGUUUAGAGCCUGAAGAUCACCAAAUACCUUCUGUUCAUCUGAAAGAAGAGACUCUCCAGCUCCCUGAUGCAUUUAUAGAUGAUUACAAACAGAUGGGAUCACAAGGAGCUGAGAGCAGAGAAGUUACGGAAACGCUCAUUAAAAACGCUAGUGAAGAAACAAGACAUGGAAGCCAAGAGUGUCCAGAGGCCAAGGCAAAUUCUAGGUACUUGGAAAUGAGAUCUCUGGAAUUCCCGGAGGUAGAGCCUAAACAAAGGCCCUCUGCAGCAGGCUGGGAGCAAGAGGACGUCUUCACCGAGCUCAGCAUUCCCCUGGGCGUGGAAUUCGUGGUGCCUAGAACUGGGUUUUACUGCAAGCUCUGUGGACUCUUCUAUACAAAUGAAGAGACAGCAAAGACAAGUCACUGCAGGAGUACUGUUCACUACAAAAAUCUCCAGAAAUAUCUAUCCCAGCUUGCAGAAGAGAGCCUGAAAAUGAAGGAAGAAGGCAGCCCUCUGCCUCAGGAUGACACUGGCAUCGUUCCUCACUUUGCAAAGAAAAAACUGUGAUGCAGAUGAACUGGAAGAGCUGUAAUGAGUGAAUGCUGAUACCUUUUUUUUUUUUUUUUUUAAUUUCUAUGAUAUAACUGUCAAUUUGCACUGUACAGAGGAGGGGAAAUAAAGAGCAUGUUCCAUGCAUCUAUGCCCAGAGUGCCAUUAAAAACCAAAAUGCCUGAAACUGUU